ACGUGCGAGAACAGCUGAUCGACCCAAACAACAGCUGAUCCACGUAAACAAACCUUCCUUCAGCUAGCGAGUUGAAACGUUGACUAUUUAUGAACAAAUUUCUCACAAUGUCUAAGCGUAUUGGCGCAGUUCUGAUCGAUCUGAGUGGAACAAUUCAUGUGGAGGAUGCUGUUAUCCCAGGUUCCAUCGAAGCCCUGAAAAAGUUAAGAGCAACUGAUGUCAAAGUCAAGUUUGUUACGAACACAACAAAGGAAUCCAAGAGAAAACUACAUGAGCGACUAACAAAAAUAGGGUUUGAUAUUCACAAAGAUGAAAUAUUCACAUCACUAACAGCUGCCCGUCAGCUUAUAGACAAGAGAAAUUUGCGGCCAUACACGCUGAUUGCAGACGCAGCCAAAGAGGAAUUUUGUGAUCUUCCUUCUGAAAAUCUCAAUGCAGUUCUGGUUGGUUUAGCUCCAGAGAAGUUUAACUACGAACAUUUAACAACAGCAUUUAGAUACAUUUUGGAAGGAGCUCCAUUAAUAGCUAUACACAAAGCGCGCUAUUAUAAGCGAAGCGAUGGAUUGGCUUUGGGUCCUGGAGCCUUUGUAGCGGGUUUAGAAUAUUCAACAGGAUGCAAGGCAGAGGCAGUGGGAAAGCCAGAAGAGACAUUUUUCAAGAGUGCCCUUGAGGACUUAGGUUGUGAGCCGGCUGAAGCUGUGAUGAUUGGUGAU